UUGUUGCUCAGCAUUCAGCAACACAUCCUGCCAUCCUGCCAUCUUAUCAUCUCUCUCUCUCGACACAAUCCAUGGAACCUAAAUUCCUCUCCACCGGGUUCCAAUAUUCAACCCUGCCGGAGAACUAUGUCCGGCCAGAAUCCGAGAGGCCUAGACUAUCACAAGUCACUAACUGCCCGGACAUUCCGGUUGUGGAUUUGGCUUGCGUGGACAGAUGUAGAAUAAGCCAGCAAAUUGGGAAUGCAUGUCGCUGCUUUGGUUUUUUCCAGGUGAUAAACCAUGGAAUACCGGUGGAAUCAACGAUGAGAAUGUUGGAAAUGGCGAAGGAGUUCUUUCACAUGUCAGUGGAAGAGAAGAUGAAGUACUACUCGGAUGAUCCAUCCAAGACGCUGAGAUUGUCUACGAGCUUCAAUGUGAAGAAAGAAACGGUUCGCAACUGGAGAGACUAUCUCCGCCUUCAUUGUUAUCCUCUAGACAAAUACGUGCAUGAAUGGCCUUCUCAUCCUUCUUCCUUCAAGGAUGUAGUAAGUAGAUACAGUAAAGAAGUUCGGCAACUUGGGUUCAGAUUACUGGAAUACAUAUCAGAGAGCUUAGGGUUAGAAGAAGAAUACAUGGAGAAAGUUUUGGGUGAACAAGGGCAACACAUGGCCAUUAACUACUACCAACCAUGCCCCCAACCAGAGCUAACAUAUGGAUUGCCGGCUCAUACAGACCCCAACGCCAUUACCAUCCUUCUUCAAGAUGAACAAGUAGCUGGUUUGCAAGUGUUCAAGGAUGGAAACUGGUUUGCUGUAAAUCCCCAACCGGAUACAUUUAUCAUUAACAUUGGUGAUCAAUUACAGGCAUUGAGUAACGGGCAGUACAGAAGUGUGUGGCAUCGAACCGUCGUCAACACUGAGAAGCCAAGGAUCUCGGUGGCUUCAUUCUUGUGCCCUGCCAAUCAUGCAGUGAUCACCCCGGCGGAGGGGCUCACUGAGGACGGAACUCCUGCCAUGUACAAGAGUUUUACUUACGAGGAGUACUAUCAAAAGUUCUGGAGCAGGAACUUGGAUCAACAACAUUGCCUAGAGCUGUUCAAGAAUAAUUGAAGCUCUGCUGUUGGUUGGUUAUUGUCAUCGCUUAAUUAAUUGGGUUCUUUAGCUUCGCUCUUGAAGUCGAGCUUUGAAUUUGCUUUCUUUUAUUCGCUUUUAUCAUCUUUCUCUGAACUCUAGCUAGAACUGUAAACCUUAUUGUGUAUUAAUUUUAUGGAGAAUGUUCAAACUUUGUCUUGUUUA